GCUUUGAUGGGUCUCGAGAAAAUCCCAAAUGGGAUUUUUUGUGACUUUUUGAGGGAAUAUUUUCUGUGGUCUUUUGCUAAUCUUUGGCCCUGUUAUCAGUCGCGCGAAGGAAUAAAUUAAAUCCCGUGUUUUAUCAGUCAGUCAAUGAUAUGAUGUUAUAGCGAAGGAAAAUUGAAUUAAUCGUUUUGUAGCUUCUUGAAAAUCAAUACCGAAUUAUUCCGUAAAUAAAUCACCCCGUGCGCGAUGGCUGUUUCGAAUACAACAAGGAUCUUCUUUCAUGCUGUUGCUUCAGCAAUGUUCUGGUAUGCUAUACAGUAUGAGUACAACUACGUGAAAAUUCCUGUGGAUCAGCAUCCCAUGGCGAGAGCCAUUGGGGGGAAGUUUAAGUAUCUAACAUUCCUCAAUGCGAUUUGUCAAGCUGUUUACUACACCAUUGCACUCGUGAAUGACCUCAUGGGGUCCAAUAAGGUCUCCCAGAAGAACCUGCCGCUCAUUCGGAAGCUCCGGGAUUACAUAAUGGUAUCGCUGGCCUUCCCUCUGGCCACGAAUGUGAGCACCACCUUCUGGACACUCAUGGCCAUUGACAGGGAGCUCGUCUUCCCCAAAUUCCUCGAUGAUUUCGUCCCAUCGUGGCUCAAUCAUAUCAUGCACACCAUGAUCCUCGUCUGCAUCGUGGCUGAGCUAUUUGUAACAUUCCGGAAGUAUCCAACACGUCGCAAUGGGAUGUUUGGUCUCAUUGUCUUCAUGACGGGCUACCUCAUUUGGAUUCACGUCAUUCGACACUAUUCCGGCGUUUGGGUCUAUCCAGUUCUCGAUGUUCUUCCCUUUGCCCUUCGCAUUGUCUUCUUUGUCGUUGUCAUCGGGCUAACUGCCCUCUUCUACAUCCUCGGUGAACAUCUCAAUGCCGGCAUCUGGGCCAAAGAGCUUAAACAGCUAAAGUCAUCAAAGAAUAAGUAGAUUUAAUUUAAUUUUUAGGGACAUUUUUUUAAAACGAAAUUCAUGGCAUGAAAAAAGCUUCAAAAGUCCUCAUUUUACGAAAUUAUCCAUUAAAAACUUUUAUUAUGUUUCCACGUGUAGAACUCAUUAAAAAUGAACGGAAUUUUAUCAAAAUUGACAAGCCAUGAUUUUCUACUAAAAAAAAACCCCGCCGAAAUUGCAUCACAAAAUUGUUGCUAAACAGCAGCUAAAAAAAAUUAAUUGGCUUGAAGAUAAAAUCGAAUUAAUCUUCAAACCUCAAUGAUGAAUAAAAUGGAAUUGGAAUAAAAAAUUA